GCUACGGAUCGCGUGUUCCGUCUACCACGGGCGGUCGAUAGUUGCGCAGUGCUCAUUCAACCCUCUUGCAGUGUGGUACAUUGCAUACCGUUCUAACACCGUAAGUGUUUCGUGUUUUGUCGAUACUUUUUCCGGGUUAACCCUAAGGUUCAACCCCUUUGGAAGUGCACGCCAAUGCCUAUAAUUGUGGACCAAAAAUGAGUUAUUUGGAAAAAAUGGACCGGUACCUGGACUCAUUGAAAAUUGGCAAAAGCGCGUUAGUGGACUCUUGGUUCAUGAUGUCGAGUCCCGUGCCCAUCAUGUUAGUAGUGUUGCUGUACUUGCUCUUCAUCAGGAUCGGCCCUCGCUUCAUGAAGAACCGGCCUCCGCUCCGGAUCACCAGGCUGAUCAGUUACUACAACGCCUCGCAAGUGGUAUUGGCAACUAUGAUUUGUAUUAAGGUAUUUAAGUUGAAUCUCUUUCGAGAUGGGAUACUGUAUGCAGGGUGUCGAUAUCCGUCCAAUACUCAAAAUCCAAUGUUAUUAGACCUAGGCUGGUGGUACUUCUUCGCAAAAUUUACGGAACUACUCGACACAGUUUUCUUUGUGCUUCGAAAGAAAGACAAACAGCUAACAUUCCUACACGUCUACCACCAUGUCAUCAUGGCUCUAUACUCAUGGAGCUAUCUGAAGUUCGCGGCAGGUGGAGAGGGCGCCAUACUGGCACUGCUGAACUCCGUCGUCCAUGUUGUCAUGUACACGUAUUACUUGCUGUCUGGCUUAGGGCCAAGGUUCCAGAAGUAUUUGUGGUGGAAGAAAUACGUCACUAAGAUGCAACUGAUGCAAUUCGCUUUGAUGCUCUCAUAUUGCGCCUGGACCCACUACACGCCGCGAUGCCAAUAUGCUGCUGGAUUCACCUACUUUAUCUCCAUAAACGUAACCAUAUUCCUUCUUCUCUUCCUAAACUUCUACUCCAAAAACUACAAGAACAGAAAGGAAGCCAAAAAAGAAAAUGAACCCUCCCAAAACGGUUUCUCCAACUCUGUUAAUCAUAAAUCAAAUGGAGUGUCCGACUCUAACAACCAUAACCACAAAGCAAAUGGAGUAUCAGAGAAAUGUGAGAAAAAAGAAACCGUAACAUGCCAUGAAACUAAUGGUAAAACGAAUAUAGAAGAAAUACCGUGCGAAGUUAACAAAGCUUGCGGUGAUUAUAUCAAAGAUGGCAAAGUCUUCCUAACAAGGCGUACUGCUAAAGCCGCCUAUGGACCAGAGUAUGACUUUGAUAGCAUAGUAAAGAAAUGAUUCUCCUAAAUGCAAUAAUUAGAUUGUUCUUUUGAGACUGAUGUUUGUGAUGAUGAUGAAGGAUAUUCUAUAGUAGCCUAAAUUAGAAAAUAAAGAGAAUUUAUUUCUAAGUACUCCAGCGUGAGAUUGUGAGGGCGAUCAAUGAAGUGAAAAUUUAAACCAUUAAGAUAGAGUUUGGUGUUAAAACUUUUGGUAUUCCUACAUUUAAAAGAAAAAAAAAACUAUUGAAAAUACACAUUUUGGAAUUAAAGUCGUACAUACUCUGAUACAAAUUUUGCUAUUAAAUAAAUACUGUCAAAGUAAAAAAGAAAGUAAAGUUUACGAAUCCCCGUAUUUACCUCAUGCUUGAUCAUAAUAUUCUGUUUAUCAGUUCAUUUUGCGAUAGUUCUUUUGGAAUUUUUGAAACAUAUAUUAACUUUUUAUCCUCUAAGAGUCUAUAUAGACGGACUGCAAAAUGGUAGUUUUAUUGCAGUUGACAGAACUGUAUCGCAACAGCCGACUGGCUGCGUAGUAGCGCGCAGUCGACGUGCAGUUGUACUGGCUUACAAUGUGAUGCCUGUGAUUAUAGGUAUGUGGAAUUCGCGCAGUCCAUUCUGUCAUCGGCAGUUACGAUGCAGUUCUGUCAACUGCACAAUAACCGCAUACAAACUGCAAUUUAGGACUCGGCCUGCAAUCCAAAUGCGGACCGUCUAUUCUAGCAUUAAACUUGAAGUCACUGUUAUUUUGACUUUCUCUAUUUCUAUAGUUUCAGUUUUCAAUUCAGUGUCCACUUCCAUAAUCUCACCCUGUAUAUUAAGAUUAGGGCUGCAAUAAUUAGGCGCUUGGGUAAUUUUAAAAUUAUCAUAACAUGGCGAGUGGUACUUUAUUGUUGAAUUGUAAAUAGGACAUGUAAAGUGCGGUUUACAAAGAAGAGGCAAGGCUGCAGAUUUUCAGCAUUUCACUAAUAUAGAUAGCAAAUAAUAAUUCAUACAAAUAUAAUUCGAAAAAAUAGGAUUUUUUUCAGCAUAGCAUCCAAAAGAAUGUAAAUCAAACAGUUGGUACACAAAAUUUAACCAUUGGUUUACAUCAAAACACAAAUUGUCAUACUUGUUUUUCGACAAAAACUGUAAAAAAACUUGUCAAAAUAUUAUUGACUUGCGUUGCCAUUUGCUCAUAUUAUUAUUAUCUCCUUUUUGUGUAAACGUGUACAAGUAUUUCACAAAUUUUGUGGCCUAUUUACUCUUACAAAUUGUUUUUUAUAGAAACAAAAAAUGUCUACAAUGUGCCACUAUAUGUAGAAUACAAUACGAUGUAUCUUGGCUAACACCUGUGACAAGCUCAUGUUCUUUUGCCAUUUCCUUACCAGUUCCGAAUUCUGUGACCACGACCGAGCCUUCGCCUCUUUAGUAUAAAUCGCACGUAAGAUAAUAAUUAUAAUAUAAUUAUUGGAUAAGUUUGAUUAAUUUGCGACCAUGCUAAAGCAGGGUAUUAAUUUAAUUGGCAUAGAUAUAUAUUGUAGUUUCAAAAUCAGCUAAUGUAAAUUUUUCAAGCAAAAUGUUAAGUACGCAUCAUCCGGGCUGACUUGCAAACUACACAGUUCAAAGUUGUGAUGGACCUUUUCUUAGUCAUAAAAAAAUCAUGUGAAAAGCCUUUUUAUAUGUCACACUAGCUACCUUAGUUUGACUGAAAAUUCACGAAGCAAAUUCUUUCAAAGUAUGAAAAUUACGAGUUUUACAUUUUAAAUAGCGCUUUAUUUUCUAAAUUUUGUAAGCACAUGGUCAUCGAACACUCGCAUCUUCGUUAGUUAAAAAGAGAAAAACAUUCAGUUAAAUUGAUGUAACAAACGAAAAAAAAAAUUCACUGAAAGUGAAAUUUUCGCUAUGUAGUACAAAAAUUCACGUAUCUACCGUGAAAAAUCACCUGUGAAAUAUCAGCGCUAUGAUCAUAAUUCCGAUAUUUUUUGAUUGUGACUAUCACAUUGUAGCUGUCAUUUUACCGUAAUCGACCACCUGUUUGCGUGUCAGCCUAGAUGUAGCCUUAUAAGACUACUAAUAAAUUAAAGCUUUAAAAGUUCAAAUAAUAAUUAAAAUUAAGUAAUGCAUUUUAAAAAUAUUUGUUGAUAAAGUCAAUACAAACAUUUGAAAUUAAAUAUCAAAUUCACAACGUGAAGCAAUGAGUAUUGUACCUAAAUGGUUUUGGUGAAAAUGACCUCUGUAUACAUAUACGCAUUAGAUGGUCAUUCUGAUAAAAAUCAUGGCCUAUGAAGCGAUUAUUCCCUAUAGUUCUGUUGACCAGAACUACUGGGGUUUUUUUUCUUACUACUACUUUGAAUAAAAAACACACUAUUGCGCAGAGAUUAAAUUCUAUCCACGGAGAGAAGUUAAUAUAGGGCUCUUUCUGUUAAGACAAAAAAGUCAGUGGGCGUUAACCAUUUUUAGUAACUCUCCGUUCUGUUAUUGGUUGCUAACUCAAACUGGUUAACCUCCAAGGACCUUUUGUCCUUGUCAUUUGUAAGGGAUUACGCAACAGAGAAAGUCCUAUAAGUACUAACUUCUCUCCGUGGAUAGAAUAGUAUGGCUAUCAAGUUAUAAGCGAAAGCGAGUCGCAGCCUGCAAAAAAAUUUCUUCAGAAUAAUCCGUUUAGUGCGUAGUAAACAGAGGUAGUUGUUUUAGUGUAAUAUACCUACUUAAGUUUAAUUGUGUAUGCAUGAAAAUUAAUUACUGUACUUCUUUACUUAUAAACAAGACAUAAAAAUUAAAGUCAGUUUGGAAAAACCGCCAAUAAAACAAUUUUACAGGGCGUAACAAAAGAAAAUGUUUUGAUUUCCAUAAACCAUUUAUGUCUAUAAAAUAGAGAUUUAUAUAGGUUUAAGCUCCGUCCAGAAGGACAGACGAAUAGUUGAGUUUAUUGUUCUGGACUUGGAUUUGCAUUGGAUCAAAGUUAGUAAUGCCAGUUGGUUUUCAACGCAAAUAUUUUCUUAUUUUAAUGACACAAUAAUUGUGUAUAUCCAUACUAUUAUA